AUGCAUGGGGCUGACUAUGCAGCUGAAGCGGCUGAACGGGUCAAAGUCAUCCAAGCAGAGGCCGAGGAGCUGUUGUCAGAGAUCAAUCGCGAGACAGAGAUUAAAAGGCAGCAGAUUGAGGACGAACAGUUGGAGCUCCAGUCGGGUCAUGCAGCCAAGAUACAAGAGCUCCAACUUGAGAUACGUGCUGUUAGAGAUGAUGCUGACGAACGAAUCCACAAGAUUGAACAAGAGAUGUUGGUGCACCAGAGUUCCAUCGAAGAUGAAGUUCUGCAAAAAUCGGCCGAGCGCUCUGAAGCCUUGAAAGCAAUUCGAGAAGAAGCACAUGAGAUGUCAUCGCUCGCAGAUGAGGAAUACCAGAAAUCUCUCGAUCAGGAAGUGGAGGCUCAUGAACGAGCUCGGAAGGAAAUGAUGGACCUCGAGGAUGAGAGGUCAAGGAAGGUCGAAGAGAUCGAGCAAAGCUGUCAGCUAUGGAUCACAGCCUUCAACCAGAGGCUUGAGCAGACGCAAGCAGAUUUGGCUUCUCGCGUCGAGCACUUGGUUGGUGAAGCAAGAGCUGCGCGGCUUCGAUUGCAUCAGGACCGCCAGCUGAGAGACCAGCAGUGGGAGGAGGAGCUGUUUCGACUCAGGCAAGAGGCACUCAAAGAGCGCUUUGAGGCAGCAAGCAGCUUGGACUCGGCACGGCUGAAACGGAAGGAGCUGGAAGACAUCGCCAGGGAGAAGAGCUUGGAAGGGACAGAAGAAUGCCAGAAAGUGAGACAAAAACACAUAGCAGUUCUGCGGAAGAUUGCUGAUGAGCUUGACAACAUCCGAAGGAACAUCGGACUGCAAGCACGAGACCCGAUGUUGGUGCAAAGCCUGAAGGAAUUGGCUGUGAAGAUUCGACAAGGGCAGAUGAAGCAGCCACCACCUAGGAUCCAAGAGAUGACAUGA